CAUUCUAAUUUCCUGGUGUCCCAUUCAUUUCUGUCCCCAAAAUGGCGAACGUAGCUGCUGCUGCUGCUGCUGCGGCUGCCGCAGCCGCUGCUGCCGCCGCGAAUAGAGAUCCAGCCGUUGACCGUUCCUUACGAUCAGUGUUUGUGGGAAACAUUCCGUAUGAAGCCACAGAAGAACAGCUGAAAGACAUCUUUUCCGAAGUCGGACUUGUUGUCAGCUUCAGGUUAGUAUAUGACAGAGAGACAGGAAAGCCAAAGGGAUAUGGCUUCUGUGAAUAUCAAGACCAGGAGACAGCUCUCAGUGCCAUGCGGAACCUGAACGGGAGAGAGUUCAGCGGUCGGGCUCUCCGUGUUGACAACGCAGCCAGUGAAAAAAACAAGGAAGAGCUUAAAAGUUUGGGAACAGGAGCCCCCAUUAUUGAGUCUCCUUAUGGAGAUAGUGUCCAACCAGAGGAGGCCCCAGAGUCCAUCAGCAGAGCUGUGGCCAGUCUGCCUCCAGAGCAGAUGUUUGAACUUAUGAAACAGAUGAAGCUGUGUGUGCAGAACAGUCCCCAGGAGGCAAGGAACAUGCUGCUGCAGAACCCUCAGCUGGCUUAUGCUCUGUUGCAGGCCCAAGUGGUCAUGCGGAUUGUUGACCCCGAGAUCGCCUUGAAAAUGCUCCACCGUCAAACUACAGUCCAGCCCCUGAUUCCCAGCGGACAGGGUGGAGGAGCACCGCCAGUCAAUCCACCUCCUGCACAGCCCAGUGUGCCAGUGUCUCAGCCGCAGCCUGUGCCUGGAAUGCAUGUCAACGGAGCCCCUCAAAUGAUGCAGCCCCCCAACAUGGGUGUUGUCCCUGGACCAAUGCCUGGACCGGGCCCGGGACCAGGACCAGUUGGACCUCCAGGAAACCUUCAGCAUUCUCCCACAGGAUCGUCUGGGCAAGCUGCUAUCGAGCGUCCUCAAGGACCAGGUGGAAUCCCCCCCAGAGGCCUGCUGGGAGAUGGUCCUAAUGAUCCCAGAGGAGGAACUCUGCUGUCUGUCACUGGAGAGGUCAUAGACCCCAACCGGGGCUACAUGGCAGCUCCACCGCCCCACCAAGCCCCACCUGUACACAUGGGUCAAAUGGCAAGUGGACCCCCUCCAGAUAUGAGAGGACCUCCGAUGGACAUGAGAGGCCCACCCAUGGGUGAACCGCGAAACAUGAUGGGUGACCCCAGAGGGCCCCCGAUGAUGGAGCCACGGGGGCCUCCGAUGGAAACCAGAGGUCGUGACCCGAGGGCGAUGGACGCUCGUGGGCCAGUGGCGGCACAGAGGGUUCCCAUGGCAGGAGCGAUGCAAGGGCCAGUUCCUCAUAGCAUGGGUCCAAACGCUCCUCCGCCUGCAAGACCGGGUCCUGGUCUUUCUGGUGCUCCACCAUCAGGAGGCGGCUUCAGUCCAGGGCAGAGCCAGGUCUCCACACAGGACCAGGAGAAGGCUGCCCUGAUCAUGCAAGUCCUGCAGCUGACCCCAGAACAGAUCGCCAUGUUGCCCCCAGAGCAGCGGCAGAGCAUCCUCAUCCUCAAAGAGCAGAUUCAGAAGACUGCAGGAGGGGCGCCAUGACAGUCCCGACUGAGAAAAGAGACAGAGGACUCCACAACGACCCGUCACCUUCAGCUUCAACAUGUCUGAAGACACCUCAUCUUAGUUUGGAAAAUUGUAUAGUUCUUUUUUUAAAUCGUAUUGUCUGUUUUCGGUAUGAAAGAGUAAAGUGGGUGCUUGUGGAUUCAAAAACAAGCAACACUUUUGAAAGGAUGAUGAUGGCGGUGAAUGCUGAACAGAGCUGAAAUGUCAUGAGGUUUCAUUCUUUCCCUCCAGAGCCAACUGUUUUCAUGUUAUUGCUCUGAUUGUCUGGAUAUUGUUUUGUCAAUAAAAAUGGAAAAAGAG